AAGUAGUCGUGGUGGGGAGGGGGAUGGGGAAGGAAGUGGAUUUGUUGUGGUGAAAACCAAAGGGUGUUUUUUUUUUGUGUUUAGACGUCUCACGCGAAGCAGCCGAAGCCGGCCUCGCUCGCCGUGUCGGUUAGUCGCUUACGGGUGUCGCCUCGCACUUAAAUCGCAGCCGCUUUGGAGCAGAUCGGGGGCCCGAUGGACCUUUCUCCGGAAACUGGCAGGGCGGCGGGUCGCAUCCUGCAGCCGUUCGCACACCUCGUGGGGGGUCACGCGUGCGUCCUCCGCUUCAACGACACCACCAUCUGCAAGCCGCUGCUCCAGCGCGAGCACCAGGUGUACGAGAGCCUGCCGCCCGACAUCGCGCGCUUUGCGCCGCAGUACAAAGGCACUGUGUCCUUGAACAUCGAGGAAAGGAACGGCGAGAGGCACUUUGUCACCUACCCUCAAGUGGACAACACGGGGGACACCAGGACAUGCGAGCAGCAGAAUGAACGCGGCGGCGGCACGAGAGGCGGAAUGGAUUUCGUCCCGGAGGCUCCUCCCGCUGAAAAUGGCAGUGACGUCCGCAGCAAAGACUUCUGCGCGCGGAUAGAACGCCUGCAGCAAAAAUUCAAGGACCAGAACCAACACAGGUUCAUCCUGCUGGAGAACCUGGUGUCCACGUACCUGGCGCCGUGCAUCCUGGACCUCAAGAUGGGCGUCCGGCAGUACGGCGACGACGCGCCCGAGGACAAGAAGGCACUGCACACGCGCACGUGCCAACAGAGCACGUCGUCGGUCCUGGGCGUGCGCAUCAGCGGCAUGCAGGUGUAUCACGUGGACACACGGCAGUACGUGCACAUGAACAAGUACAUCGGGCGCAAGCUUUCAGUGAACGGCUUCAAGGAGACGCUGAGCCAGUUCUUCCACAACGGACAGCGCCUGAGGAAGGACCUCCUGGAGCCCGUGCUGCGCAAGCUCUCUGAGCUCAGGGUGGCACUGGAGCGCCAGGACUCGUACCGCUUCUACUCCAGCUCCCUGCUCAUCAUCUACGAGGGCCAGGAGGAGUGCCGCGUGGGCAAUGGGCACGGCGACGGAGCGACGAGCGCGUUGACGGCGAAAGUGGACGUGCGCAUGAUCGAUUUUGCUCACACGACGUGCCGGACGUUUCUGGACGACCCAGUGGCUUACGAUGGACCGGAUGAGAACUGCAUCAUUGGGCUGCGUAGCUUGAUCCGCUUCCUCGGUCAGGUGAAGCAAGAGGCCGAGAACGUGGCCGUCAAUGGCCACGCGCACGAUACGAGCUCGGCACAGCUGGAUCCGGCAUCGCUGUGUACUCCAAGCCGGUGACCCGGCGAGGGUAGGGGAAACCGGUGCACAGCCAGUGCUGCCCGAAUGAGUUCUCUUCACCGAGGAAAAAAAAAUAACACGGGUAUUCUCAAGGAUUAUAAGACGCUUCAGAAAGCGAGACUUGUGCCCGGUGUCAGUAGAAUUACGCAAAUCUGGUCGCACACACCCACACAUUUCUUCACAGCUGCUUUUUGUGUUUAGGUUGUUGUCCUUCCCCCGCACCUCCGAUUAGCAUGGUUGGCAAUGUACAGUGCUAAAGAAGUUCAACAAACAUACACUGGAUUUUGAGACUCAUCCCCAAACUUUAGAUUUAAAUUACAGGGGGCACAGUGUGACUUAUGAUACAUAGAAUACGGCGAUUGUAGCGAGUGUACAACUCAUGUAAUUUUUAUAUUUGCAUGCCUCAUAGAAUAGCAUUUUAACUCGAGGGCUGAAACGUUUAAGCUACCAAAAAAAAGCACGUCAGGGAAGUAAGCCAUGUGUACAUCGUUGUGGUUGUGCUGCAUAGAGGGGAGCGGUGGUGCAGCGGUUAGCGCUACGCUGCACUACGAACCCAGCGACCCGAAUUCGAUUCCCGCUCACGGCCAACACCGCUGACGAU